GUGGACAUACACAAUGACCUAGAGGACUUCGAUAGGCUUACUAAGGAUGAGCAACACUUCAUCAAGUAUGUUCUUGCAUUCUUUGCAGCCUCUGACGGCAUUGUCAACGAGAACCUUGUGGAGAGAUUUUCAUCGGAGAUUACCAACUUGGAGGCAAAAUGCUUCUAUGGAUUCCAAAUAGCAAUGGAAAACAUUCACUCGGAAAUGUACUCGAAGCUUAUCGAGACAUACAUCCGUGAUGAGGACGAGAAGAAUUUCCUCUUCAAUAGUAUUAAAACCAUACCUUCCAUUGCCAGGAAGGCAGCCUGGGCCAAGAAGUGGAUCGAGUCGACCACGGAUUUCGACACAAGAAUGAUUGCAUUUGCUUGUGUCGAAGGAAUAUUCUUUUCAGGAUGCUUUGCAGCUAUCUUUUGGAUCAAGAAGAGAGGACUCAUGCCUGGACUGACAUUUUCAAACGAAUUGAUUUCAAGAGAUGAGGCAGUCCAUACAGAAUUUGCCUGUCUCCUCCACAAGCAUAUUGUGAGUAAAUGCACGAGAAUCAGGGAUAUCGUCAGGGAAGCUGUUGAGAUUGAAAAGCAGUUUAUCACGGAGAGUUUACCUGUGAGUCUUAUUGGGAUGAACUGUGCGUUGAUGUGCCAAUACAUCGAGUUUGUUGCAGAUAGGCUUCUUUAUAAUCUUGGAGAGAAGAAAAUAUUCAAUGCUAAGAACCCAUUCGACUUUAUGGAGAAUAUUUCACUGAUGGGGAAGACCAAUUUCUUUGAUAAGAAGGAGGCUAAUUAUCAAAAGGCUUUUGUUGGAAUCAAGGGAGAUGGCGAGAGCGAUAGCUUCAGGACUGACGUUGAUUUUUAA